AAAAAGCAAGGUGUAUACAUUUAGUUUCACUAGCUAGAAAUUUCCAUGUCCAUAGUUCUAUCUUAGCUAAAAAAGAUUAGAUAUAUAUAUAUAUGCCCACCUAGUGAAGCUAGGGUCGUGAUUCGAUAUAUUAUUUGGUAGUAGCUUAUAGCUAGACAUGGAGUUUAGGCAGUUCUUAUGGUUUACACUCAUAUUUGCUUUCCCCUUACUUUUGCUAUUAUUGUCGUUAUAUAAACCAAAGAAAAAGCUUCCUCCAAGCCCAAGGAAGUUACCAUUAUUAGGGAACCUUCACCAACUAUUUGGUGAUUUACCUCAUUCAUCUCUUCAAAAGCUUUCCAACGAACAUGGUCCUCUUAUGUUCUUGCAAUUAGGUUCGAUCCCAACUCUUGUAAUUUCCUCCGCAAAUGUAGCUAGAGAUAUCUUCAAACCACAUGAUCUAAUCUUUUCGAGUAGGCCACAAUUAUACGCCGCGAAGAGGCUAAGUUAUGAGUGUAACAAUAUUUCAUUCGCGCCCUAUGGUGAACAUUGGAGAGAAGUUAGAAAGAUUGCCAUCCUAGAGCUACUUAGUGCUAAUCGAGUAAAAUCGUUUAGUUCGGUGAGAUUUGAGGAGGUCAACCUUGUUCUUGAUACUAUUAGUACUCGAAGUUUUUCAGGUACGCCGGUUAAUGUUAGUGAGUUGAUGCUUUCUCUUGCUAAUAAUGUCGUGUGUCGCAUUGCACUUGGUAAGAAAUUUGAUGGUACUAGUGAAGUGCAUCAUAUUUUGGAAGAAACGCAAACUUUGUUGGGAGAGAUAAAUGUUGCGGAUUUUUUUCCUUGGUUUGGUUGGCUUCUUAAUAAAGUUAAUGGAGUGGAUACUAGACUAGAGAAGAAUUUUAAGGAAUUGAAUGAAUUCUAUGAUGAGAUUAUUAAAGAACAUCUUGAGAGUACAAGAAGUGGUAAACGUGAUCAUGAAGAUUUGGUUGAUGUGCUGCUUCAACUUCAGAAGGAUUCAAAUCAAUCAAUUGCCUUGAAUAAUGAAAAAGUGAAGGGUAUUCUCACGGAUAUGUUCAUAGCCGGAUCAGAUACAUCUGCAGCAACACUUGUAUGGAUAAUGACUGAGUUAAUGAGAAAUCCAUCAACCAUGAGAAAAGCCCAAGAGGAGGUGAGACAAGUUGUCAAGGGGAAACAAAGAGUCGAAGAGAGUGAUCUAUCUAAACUUCAAUACUUAAAAUUGGUUCUAAAAGAGGCGUUAAGGUUACACCCUCCUGUUCCACUACUAGUCCCUAGGGAAACUAUAGCACCAUGCACUAUUAUAGGAGGCUAUGAAAUUCCAGCAAAAACAAGGGUCUUUGUUAACGCAAAAGCCAUUGCAAUGGACCCAAAUAUUUGGCACACAAUUGACCCGAAUGUGUUCGAGCCAGAGAGGUUCUUGGGUAGCUCGAUCGACUAUAAAGGGCACGAUUUCGAGUUAAUACCAUUUGGUGUUGGUAGAAGGGGAUGCCCUGGGAUUCAUUUCGCGGUUUUGUUGGUUGAGCUCGCACUUGCUAAUCUCUUGUAUUGCUUCGAUUGGAGUUUGCCUGAGGACAUGACAAGGGAUGAUAUAGAUAUGGUAGAAGCUAUUGGAAUUACUACGCAUAAGAAGAAUCCUCUUUGGUUAUCAGCUAGUCCUAGGUCCUUGUAACCGCAUGCAAUAUGCAAUGUGCUGCUCGCCUCCUCCUUCAAUUACGCUAGUCCUAGCUAGCUAGCUCCUAAAUUGUAACUUUUUUUUUUAUUUACAUUGAGAACUUCUAAAUUGUAAUGUCAAUUUGUUCGCGACAUAGGACGUAAUAAAGUAAUUCCUUUAUUUUUUU